AUGCCUACGAGCCCCGAAGACAGACCUAGGAUUAGGAGAACCCGUUCAGGUCCCAAGGAAGGGACAGCCCCUCUUUCCCAGGGGGCAGUCUCCCCUCCGGGGAAGAUGGAGGACCGCGUGUUUCGGGAGAAGUCCGGUAACCUCUUUUCAAUGUCGGACUUCAUAACGCCAGCCCCUGAUGUGGAGUACCAAAUGGUGUCGUCUGACUACAAGUACCGGGGGUUGACCGAGAGCUUGCUAAACCUGGAUGGGGACGAGGACCCGUCGUCGGGCGUAAGCGCAUCGGAGUGGCGCCAGUUCCUGUCGUCGGAGCAGGAGAGGGUUAUGGCCAGGUUAAAGCAGGAGCAGGCGGUUAUGGAUAAGGUUGUGAGGCUGCAGCAGCAGAGGCUACACCACGAGAAGGAGGAGGCGCAGAUCCUGCUCCUGCAAAACGUGGCGGAGCGCGAUCUGGAGCUGGAGCAGAUCCGGGAGCGGUCCGAGUCCAAGGUCCGGAUGGAGGAACGCGAGCAGCGCGACAGCAUGCUGCAGGCCUUCGAGAUGAAGCUCCAGGAGCACGUCCAGCGCAAGCGGGAGCACGUCCAGCGCAAGCGGGUGGAGGACGCCAAGUUCGAGCAGCUGCAGGCGGCGCACACGCUGGCGCUCCAGCAGGCGCUGAAGCUGCAGCGCAACCGCGACGCGUUCAACAAGCGGCUCGAGCAGAAGGAAGAGCGGCACACACGCGAGGGGCAGGAGCUCGUCCAGUGGCAGGAACGCACGAUCUCCAACGCGGAGAUGUCCGUCAACAUGCGGCUCAAGAGCAUCCCCACCGAGGCCAAGGCGAUCCUGAUCAAGGCGCACGCGCUGGAGAUUGAACAUAUGAGGGUCACGCACGCGAAACAAGGGGACCAGCUGCGCGAGCGGCAGCUCGUGAACCAGAAGCAGACGGCCAAGAGCUUCGAGUACGAGCAGAAGUGCGUGCACGACGCGAUGAAACUAGAGGCGGGGCACCUGGCGGCGGUGCAGAAGCUGCAGGCGGAGCACGAGCUGGAGCUGAUGAAGCUGAAGCACAGCCUGGACUCGGACAUGCAGCAGUACACGCGCACGCGGCGCGCGGCGGGCUUCGAGAUGGACGCGGAGACGGUGACGCGCAAGCAGAAGCGCACGGCCAAGAAGCUGCGCGCGCGCUUCCAGAAGGAGAUUGAGGUCAAGCGCCGCGCGUGGAACAACCAGCUGGAGGACGACUUCGUCGACUUCAUGUCGGAGUUCGACCCGUCGGUCUCCACGGACCCCGCGAGCACCACCACGCCCAGCGUUUCCGCCGACGGCGACAUGGGACGCCACCCGCCGGAGCACGGCAACGGAACGGAGGGCUACGGCGAGGACUCCAACUCCGGCUCCGGCACGGAGGAGGAGAGGAAGCAGCGGAAGGAGCUGGCGGACAAGAUCGAGGAGGAGGAGGGCGCCAAGCAGACCAACAGCAUGAUGCGGAUCAAGAUGGUCGUCGACUCGCACAAGCGAGUGCUGUCCGCGCUUCGGAAGGAGCACGCGGACGCGAUGGACGCCCUGCGGCGCGAGAGCAUCGCGGGCGCGAAGCGGUUGCGGGACCGUAUGGAGAGCGAGUUGAAGGGCAUGCGGCAGAGCCAGGCGGAGGACAUGGCGCGCCUGCUCAAGCUGCAGGAGAAGUCGGUCGAGGCGACCCAGAGGGCGGUCACCGCCGAGCUGAAGACGAGGGCGGUUACGGCCGAACUAAAGACGGUCAAGGCCCUGGAGCGCGAGCGCGGCAACCUGCUGGAGUUCCUGGGCUUCGUGUGCCACGAGCUGCGCAACCCGCUGUGCGCGAUCACCGGGCUCACGGAGAUGGUGCUGGCCAGCCAGGGCUCGACCAACCCGGUGGACUGUACCGGGACGAUCCUGACGCAGUGCGUCAUCAUGAAGCGGAUCGUUGACGACGUGCUGGACCUGUCCAAGAUCGAGGAAGGCAAGGUCGACCUCAAAGUGGAGCCCAUCGACCUCCCGGAGCUGCUCGACAGCACGGUCUCGGCCUACCGGUGA